CAAGUAGAGGUUGUCCCUCGGUGGGGUGAGGGCUGCAGUGUUUUUGCUGGUGGUUUGCCCAGGAACCUGGAGUAGAGAUGGGCAGAAGAUGCGGCAUCAUAGCGGUACUCCGGGCUGGACACGCAAGUGGCUGCUGUGAGCUGCAUUGAAGGGUCUUCAAAGUUGCCUCAACCCUGACCGACGCUGGGCCACAGGAGACUGUUCUGGGAACACCACAAGGAGCUAACUACUGGGAAGAAGAUGAGCUGUGACUGAAAGAACAUGGGUUUUGAAGGUGGCAUUCAGGCUGGCGUCAUUGGCGUUUUCCUCGGUGAGCUCUCAGUGUGUGCACUGUCCACAGGGGUAAACUAAGAGCCACCAGAGAAACGUGGAGGAACAGAGGACGUGGAGAAACACCAAACCUGGUACUUCCUCAUAAAAGGUCUUCCAUCUGCAUGAGACAGAUUCUCCAAGCAUAGGAAAAGCAGUUGGGCAGUAAUGGAGAGGGACAAUGGCACCAUCCAGACACCAGGCUUGCCGCCCACUACAUGUGUCUACCGUGAGGAUUUCAAGCAACUGCUGCUACCCCCAGUGUACUCAGUGGUGCUGGUGGUGGGCCUGCCGCUGAACAUCUGCGUCAUCGCUCAGAUCUGCGCAUCCCGUCAGACCCUGACGCGCUCGGCUGUGUACAUCCUGAACCUGGCACUGGCAGACCUGCUGUACGCCUGCUCACUGCCCCUACUCAUCUAUAACUACGCCAGAGGGGACCACUGGCCCUUCGGAGACCUGGCCUGCCGCCUCGUGCGCUUUCUCUUCUAUGUCAACCUACAUGGCAGCAUCCUGUUCCUCACCUGCAUCAGCUUCCAGCGCUACCUGGGUAUCUGCCACCCGCUGGCCCCCUGGCACAAGCGUGGCGGUCGCCGUGCUGCCUGGGUGGUAUGUGGAGCUGUGUGGCUGGCCGUGACAGCUCAGUGCCUGCCCACAGCAGUCUUUGCUGCCACGGGCAUCCAACGCAACCGCACUGUCUGCUAUGACCUGAGCCCACCCAUCCUGUCCACCCGCUACUUGCCCUAUGGCAUGGCUCUCACGGUCAUCGGCUUCUUGCUGCCCUUCACAGCCUUACUGGCCUGCUACUGUUGCAUGGCCCGCCGCCUGUGCCGCCAGGAUGGCCCAGUAGGACUUGUGGCCCAAGAGCGGCGCAGCAAGGCAGCCCGUAUGGCCGUGGUGGUGGCGGCUGUCUUCGCCAUCAGUUUCCUUCCUUUCCACAUCACCAAGACAGCUUACUUGGCGGUGCGGUCGACACCCGGUGUCUCUUGCCCUGUACUGGAGACAUUUGCAGCUGCCUACAAAGGAACCCGGCCCUUUGCCAGUGCCAACAGUGUACUGGACCCUGUUCUCUUCUACUUCACACAGCAGAAGUUCCGGCGGCAUCCACGUGAGCUCCUACAGAAGCUCACAGUCAAGUGGCAGAGGCGGAGUCUGAGGCCCCAGGGCAAACCCUGAGGCACUGGCAGCUGCAUAUUUGCCAUGGGGGCCAUGGUGCCAAAAGCUUCCCCCACAAGCCCAAAUUUUACAGAGAAGUAAAACUUGGUUCAACAGGCCUUGGCCCGGCCCUAAAGAAGUUCUACAUCCACCACAAAGCUAAGACACCUGUAUUUCAGGGGCUGGUCAGUUCGUGCUUGUUAUCCCAGAACUCAGGAUGUUAUGACUGGAGGAUAACAAGCUCCAGGCCAGCCUGAUCCAUGGGGAAACCCUGCCUCAGACAAUCCAGAGUUGGGGCUAUAGUUCAGCAGCACAUGCCUAGAGUGUGCUAGCCCCUAGGUUCAAUCCCUAACACUGAAAAAUUCAAUAAAGGUCUUUUCCCCCAACUCUUCUUGUUUACAAGGUGAAGGGGAAGGCUGGGGCAUAAUCUUGAACAUGAAGGCAAGGUCUU